UAGACGGUGGACCGGUAAUGGAAACAAAAAGAAGAUCUCCACCGGCCUGAGCCCACGUAUUUAGUAUUCCUUGGGAUUAGGCGAGCUCACAUGGCCUUUCUCCUCUCUCUCUCUCUUUGUGCCCCAUUUAAUCUAGCGGUCUCCACCGCGAGAGAUUCGAGACUCCCACCCCUCAUAUCUCCUUGUAGAUCGAUCCGGAUCGCUAUGGGAACCAUUGACGGGCCUGAGAGAGAAUCCAGUUCCAGCAGCCAACGCAGCGUCGGCGGAGAAGGCGUGCCAGAAGGCCCAGAACUGAUCGGCAAUAUCGAGGCCAAAGCAUCGAGAGCCGUCCAGAUCCGCGAUGAUGGCCGCGGGAUGCCGCGGCUUCAUCAUACUCCCGAGGGGUCCGGGAGCACCGCAAAGUUGGUACCGGGGAGGAAGUCUUUGCCGCAUGUCGAGAUGAUGAAUGUAGACCGAGAAGAAGCAGCAGCAGCGUCGCUCCGGGUGAAGGCGAUGGCAGCCGACAUGCCGGUGUUCAUGCAACUGCAUGCCUUUCGAUGCGCCAGGCGGGCCCAUGACAGCCAGGACAGUUUCAGCUCCAGGCAGAUGGCCCAUGACAUGAAGAAGGAAUUUGAUAAGGUGUAUGGGCCGACAUGGCAUUGCAUAGUAGGGACGAGCUUCGGGUCGUUCGUGACUCACUCGACCGGCUGCUUUCUUUAUUUUUCUAUUGAAAAGAUCCUCGUAUUGUUGUUCAAGACCAGGAUCCGACAGGUAUCCACAUCUUAGAUCAAUUUGUACGAAGUUCGCCCAUAGAUGUUUAUCGCUCUCUCUCUCUCUCUCGCUCCCCUUGAGAAAAUCCUUUCUUUUUAUCCUUUUUUUUUUGAGAAGUGUAAGAGACGGUAAAGAAGAUCAGAGCUGCUCGAUCUUCUUAAUUUCAGAUAUAUGACAAACAUUGUCAGGUCCA